AUGUGUCAGCCGCAUGUCCAUUCAGCUGCUGAAAUGAAGUCCUGUGGAGUGAUUGGUGCUGAAACGGAUGAAGUGAAGCCAUUGCCAGUGCCAGUGUCAGUGAUUGAGGGAGAAUCUGUCAUUCUAGAGAUUAAUCUUACUGAAAUUCAUACAUAUUGGAUGAUACUGUGGAGGUUUGAUGGUGACCUCAUAUCUCAGAUCACUGAAGGUAAUAUCACAUAUAAAGAUGGUCCUGAUGGGAUAUUCAAAGACAGACUGCAGCUGGACAGUAAAACUGCAUUUCUCAACAUCACAAAUAUGAGGAAGAAACACUCUGGACUUUAUGAACUAGAGGCCAUCAGUAAAGAUGCCAGUGGGUCACCAAAAAAGGAAUUCAGUGUUGAUGUUAAAGACUCUCCAUCUGUUAAUUUGGGUGGUAGAAUUGAAAUGAAGACUCAGUCAGUGAAUAAAGGACAGCCUGUCACUCUUGAGACUGAUAUUCCUCAUCUACAUGAUGAGCUGAUAGUGUGGAGGUUUGGAGAUGAAGGAAAACUCAUUGCUAAACAUUAUGCAGAGGCCAAGAACUCAACAAUAUUUGAUAAUAGUGCUGAUGGGAAAUUCAGAAACAGAUUGAACCUGAAUAAUCAGAAUGGUUCUCUCACCAUCACAAACACCAACACAUCAGACUCUGGACACUAUAUAGUGAUGAUCAGCAGCAACAAACAGACGUUACACAAGAGAUUCAUUGUUACUGUCAGUGGUGAGUAACUCAAUUGUUUUAAA